UGUUAACGCAACUAUUUCAUAAUAUUUUUAUUUUGAAUGAAAUUAUGUCUCUAAUGACAACAAUGUUUUUGAAAUUACUAUGUUGCUGAACUGUGAUGUCGUGUAGUUUUAACCAUAUUAGUGUAGUUAAAAGCUAUUCCUCUUAUAUUUAAAUUGACUACUGCUUCAGUAAUGACUAACGAAAAAUGUUCUCGAUUUUACCAUGCCCAUGGUAAAAAUAAGAACCUCGAGUGAGUAGAUUUUAGCGUGCGUUUAUAUUUCGACCUCACUUAUUUACUUCAGGACGCCAUUUGCCGUGCACCGGUCAAGUUGUUUUGUUUGUUUAUUUUUUAAUAUGUUAUUGAUGUUAAUUAAAAUGUAAAAUGAAGCAGGAAAGUGAUAAUAAUAAGCUUGAAGUUAUCGUUGAUGAAAUUCUUGAAGAUCCGGAGUUAAUUGAUGCCCGUGAUGAAAAUCCAGCCCUCCGCGAAUUGAUAGUUGAGCAGUGGAAGUUGGAUGCAUCGGUUUACUCUAUUUUGAUCGGACAUGGUGUUACCGUGUCAUACCUUGCGGUCAUCGACGAAGCGGCGCUAUCGGAUAUUUUUUCAGUUUUGAAAUGGACGGGUCAUAAGUACGCCCUGCGAGCAAAACUGCAACACUGGGAGGAAAGCGCUCUAUACAAGCCGGAACAAACGAGUAGCUGCUCCCAUUACCCAGGCCCUUCGACGCAUGGUUCAAUACGAGGUCCAACACAUCCUCUUCUGUCGACAUCGGUCACAUUAAGUCUCCUAGAGGACAUUCUUGAAAGAAAUGAGAAGGGGAAGAUUGUGACACAGUUCUACCGAAUGCACCAACGGUUGGAUGCUCAGCACAGGAAACAUUUGGCACACACAGUAGUGGAUUAUUAUAUCGCAAACGAAACCUACUUCCGGAUACCAGAUAUGGCUCGAUUCGCGCAAUGUAUUGCAGAGAAAUUUCCACCAGAGCUCCCAGAAGUGUACUUCAACCCACGGGACUCAACGAUCAAUAAGAAGCAUCCAUCCGGAAUUCUGUAUGAUCGGUUUCACAAUCGAAACAAACAGCAUCUACUGCAAAGCAAACAGGAGAAGAAAAAUCCUAUCGAUAACUGGAAAAUCUUUAAAGCAAAAGCUCUGAUACUGCCGAAGGAAGAAAUCAAAAGGCAAAGUUCCAUUAAAACAUGGCUCCGAAAUAACAAGCAUCCAGCAGAAAAAGUCACGGACCUCUGGCGAGAAUCAUUUUUACUACGCAUGCGGGAAAUUGUGGAGGAGACAGACGUGAAUAAGGCUCACGUAGUGGCUGAGUGGCCAAGACUAGCUGAUGAAGACGGCUACCUAUUGAUUGAUGCUGACUUUGAACAAAUUUACCGGUAUGUGGCUACCUCUAACUUUUUCGACGACUGGGAAUGUUUUGUUCCACGCUACCUGGAGUAUAUUGAACUGAACGGCUUGAAGGAUGACUACUCGCGUCAAUUACUAACACAUCUGGAAUCGCAAUCUGUGGCAAAGGACACUCGUGACUUCAUUUGCUGUACCAUUUUCCAUGGUCUCGUUAAGCCUGUCCGUACUUCAUCACGGAAACUGCCAACUAUCCUCCAGGCACAAACUGAAAUGUGCUAUGCUUGUGCGACUGACGAAGAGUUCAUCGAAGCUGUAGAAUCAUUACGAAGCGAACAUUCGAAUGACAUUCCAUUCGCGCCGCGCAUAUUCGUAGUGGGCCAGACGGAUAAACUAACAGGAUUCUACGUAGUAACUUCGAAACUCCAAUACAAACUACCAACUUUUUUGCGGUGUGUGGAUAUAGCAGUGAAAUUGAAAUUCGCCCAUAACUACGACUUUCCAGAAAGCUGUGAGUUGUUCUGGUGUUUUAUCGCAAAACACUUCUACAGCAUCAAUUUCUCUCGAAAGGCGAAAAAUAGUCAACUGCUUCAAUUUUUUGCGUACCUGAAAGACUAAAGGCCGGCAGCAUGAAUUGUCACUUAUGCCAAUGCCCGUACGAUUCAAUUCAACACGUCUUCGAUCAUUUGACAAUCCAUCACAGUACUCCAACGACAUUCAAGUACACGUGUACAGCAUGUGUACCAUCAGCUUUAUUCCAGAAUUUGCACAGAUUCAAACGACACGUCAAGGCGAAACAUUCUAAUUUGUUUCAACCGAUUGAUGCUGAUCGAACCAGCCAGCAUCCUGCUGUGAACAACACUGCACCGAAUUCAAUUGAUCCCGAUAUCGAUGCAGAGGAUAAUGUACAUCAUAAUUUGUCCAGCACAAACAUCGAUGAAGCUCCGAACGAAAAUGAACUUGAAGAGAAAAAUGUAGAUGGAACCUUAGGGGAUGCUGAGAUUUUAGAUAUAAGAAAUUCAUUAAGAGAGAAUUUUCUAAACUUUAGCUUAGGUUUGCAUAACAAACAUAAUUACACACGAAAAGAUGUUAUCAACUUGCAGCAGUGUAUAACUGAUGAAAUCGUAAAACCUAUAUGUGAUGCAUUGCUAAAAAUCGCCCCAAUCAAUAAUACAGCGAUAGGUAUAGAUGAUUUGGUUAAUGAUAUCUACCACCCGUUUGAGUUUAUUGCAACAGAACAGAAACUUAAUACCACACUACAAAAUUUGAACUUAAACGAUUCUUUACAUGUAAUCAAUUUCACGGAUGAAGACAAAAAUGUAGUUUCGAAGGGAUGCCUUAUGCCCAUCAAACAACAGUUCAAGCGAUUUUUUGAGAGUGGAAACGUUUUUAAUGAAACUAUCGAGAAUAUGAGAUUACUAUAAGAGAGCAAAGAUAUUGAAAACGUCGUCAAUGGCACGCUAUGGAAAACUGUACGAAAUCAAUUCACGAGUGGAACAGUAGUUCCGUAUUUUUUGUAUUCUGAUGAAGUGGAAAUAAACGAUGCUAUUGGAGCUCACUCAGGUACUCAUAAGGUAACCGGUCUGUACUACAAUUUCCCAACGAUUCCGACACAUUUUUUGUCACGCUUGAAGAAUAUAUUUGUCGCCGGUUUUAUUAAAGCAAUUGAUAUAGCACGUCUUGGCCCAUCUUCAGCACUCAAAGAGUUGGUAGAUAUGUUAGUUCAACUGGAAACCACUGGAAUUGAUCUAGUAAUUGAUGGUCAUGAGAAACGUGUAUAUUUUGUAAUGAUGGGUAUUUUGGGAGACAAUCUAGGGAUUAACACACUCAUGGGGUUCGCAACCUCCUUCAGCUCACUUUUGUAUUGUAGAUUUUGUACUCAGACGAAAUACGAAUCACAAACAUCAAUCAAUCUUGAUCCAAAUCGAUAUCGCACAAAACAGAAUUAUGAAGUUGACGUCCAUAAGAGUUUCAAGGAAUCAGGAAUAAAAGAGGUUUCUGUUUUCAAUAAUUUGAAACAUUAUCACGUGGCUGAAUUUGCCAUAGUAGAUGUAAUGCAUGAUUUUUAUUCUCACGGUAUAUGCAGCUACGACAUUUCUCUUGUUUUAACUUACAUGAUUCAAACUUUAAAAAUAUCAUUGCAAACAAUAAAUUAUAAAAUACAGAUGUUCGACUUUAAGGAAACAGAAAACAGGAACACUUUCAAGACAAUAACCCGGGAACAUAUUAAAAACGCUAAUUUUAAAAUGACAGCUAGAGAAAUGAUGCUUUUUAUCCAUUAUUUUCCGCUAAUAUUUGGUGACGUGAUACCUGAAAAUGAUAACGUUUGGAAUUUUGUACUAUCGUUAGUUGAGCUCACUGCUUUGGUUUUGUUACCUAAAUUCAAUGACGAAUUACUCAAUGUCCUAGAAAAACAAAUAGAAUAUCAUCAUUUUCAUUAUAGAAAGCUUUUUGCUGAACCACUCAAACCCAAAUAUCAUAUUUUGCUUCAUUAUGUUCAAACCAUUAGAAAAAUAGGGCCUCCCUAUAACGACGUGGAGCUUCCGGUUUGAGGCAUUUCAUCAGAUUUUCAAAAAAUAUUGUAGAAAUAUAACCUCCAGAAGAAACAUUUGCUUCACAUUAUGUACAAAGGCAAAAAUGAUAUUCAUUCAUGACAUUGAACACGAGAAUAAUUUCAAAGAUCCUAUAAUAUACAAAAAUCCAAUCAGCUUACGAUCGAUUGACUUACCAUACUUUGCGAUGCUAGAUUUGACAAAUGAACCAUUAACAUUAAAUUUUAAAGCAGUUUCGACAGUGACGUACAAAGGCACUGAGUACAAGGUUGGUCAGUUCUUGACAAGUUCCGUGCACAAUAUGAGACAAGUUAAAUUGUAUGAAAUUAAAGAUAUAUUAAUUACUAACGACACAGUAAACGUUGCCUGUCAACAGUGGAGCGUAGAAGAAUAUUCUCAUCAUUUUGCGUCAUUUAAAGUUAGCAAACCCUUAGAAGUGUAUUGCAUACUGCUCGUGGAUACGUUUGAUGGGCCACCGAUUCAUGUAUAUAACAUUAAAGGAAACAAUUAUAUAAGACUGAAGAAAUAUUUUGUAUGAGUAGUUAAGGCACUCUGUUUCAAACGAUGUUAAAGCCAAAU